AUGGAGACAUGGCUGAAAGCUCGCAUAGAUGACGCGAGGAGGCGGGCGGCCUUAACCGUGCUGGAUGGCUUAACCGUGCUGGAUGGAUACCGGCUCGAAGACCCAGAGGAGAAGCAGCUCUUCCUCAGCCGCUUCCUGCUUAAGAUCGAGAUCUUGGACCGCAAGAUCCGACAGGGCGAGACGGCAGAGUCUGAUGCUCUAGCUUUGUUGCCUGGCCCGGACUGGGAGGCUUGGACUUUCGUUGCCGUGGUUGCAGCAAACCGUGCAGAUGCUACGGCUGCUGGACUAGUGCUCCGGCCCGUGGUGUUCCCGCCGGCUGCACAGAUGGUCCCCGACUCUCCAAACAGGGAUGACGCUGAAGCUUCCAGUCCGCCUGAGACGGAGACGGAGAAAAAAGCGGUGGUGCUUUCAAGCUACACCCCGGCCACCACGCUCUUCCUGCAGACCAAAGGUAAACGUGCAGGUGUGCUUUGUGUUCACCGUGCUACUUGGAUCAAAGUGGAAGGCACAAGUGUGGAAGGCUACGAGCAUUUGUUCCGCAUCGCGGAGGUGUGGCCUUUGCUGUCCCGCAAACAGCAGUUCACAAACUGGUUCACGAAGAAAGAGACGAUGAUGGCCAGGCUUUCUCGGAAGUGGUCCGUUGACUGCGACCUCCACAUCCCCAGAAAGUUGGGGUACAAAGGUAAGCAGCUCUCAGCAGGUGCAGGGAAGCUGCGGCUGUCUUUCGAUGGGGUUGCCUCAGCUCUCCAGGUCAAGGGCUGCAAGAAGACUUUGAAGGACGGCUGCCUAUCCGGCUUCGAUCUUCUGAUCAGCACUUUGCGAUGUCUUGCUUUCGACUUGGAUUUGGCGGCAUGGGAGAGAUGCUUGAAAUUCCUCGGCAUCCAAUCUAGGAGCUUGCAGAUGGCCUGGCCGGCAAAAUGGUUGAUGACAGCCGCCGUGCUCCAUUCGUUGGAGCUGCUGGACAUUGAGCUGAAGCCGGGCAAAGUUGGGUACCCAAGUGCCGACCCGAAAGAAGGCAUUCAGCGACGGUAUCAUGAUGGCAAGCCCUAUAUGUAUGAUGUGAACAAGGGCGAUGGUGUAUGGCUGAGCCUGGAUGAUGAUGAUAGAGUCCGCAUCAUUUUGAACCCUGAUGAAGGGUCGGCGCUUUUCGCCGGUUUUCAGUUCCUGGCGAAUCUGCAGUUGCCUGUGGCUUUCCGACGGGACGAACUGCACCUGGGUCGCCGUAGUCAGUGUCCAACCAUGAUGGGUGAAGACUGUGCAAGAAUGAUCGUGAAGAUGGGGUGUAGUUGGGCUCGGAAGUUGGCAUUCCACUUGCAGGCACAAGCUGAGCACUCACUUUCGUCGAGUGUUCAAUGCCUCUGCUGGUCUGAAGCGAGCCUGGGAUGCCAUUUAUUUGACAGACAGGGCUUGGGUAGUGAAUACGAGGAGUUGCUUUUUGAUCCUAGGGUAUGUGCAUAA